AUGGUUGUGGAGUAUACAGCUGCUGCUGCUGCAGCUGGAGAGGAAUCAGCAGUGGUCACAGCAGGAAGGGAAUCAGCAGCUUUUGUAGCUGAAGAGGUGGCAAAUGCUGUAUUGGCCGGCAGGGUGGAUGGGCUGAAUGGUAGUUUGGGUGAGGCGAAUGGUGGUGCAGAUGAGCUGACCCAGCAGGCAGGCAAGCUGGGUGGCCACGGAGAGAAUCAGACAAGGCAAGAAGACGGGCGGAGUGGGCAGGUAGCUGAGGCGAGGGGCCAAGUGGCUGGGCCGAGCGAACAGGCAUGCAAGCUUAACGCGCUGGAAGAAGGAGGGUGGACUCAGCAGGUGGAUGGGGCUGGCAGAGGGGAGUCUGAGCGCUGGGGAACGCAGCAGCCGCUGGGGCCGGUCGGGAGGGGGUCGCCUGGAUAUGAUGUUGUGGUGAGAGCUGCAAGCGUGGAGUCGGUUCAGAAUGGAUACUCAGACGUGGAUGAGCGAAAACAGAGAGGUGGAGGGAAGGGAGUGGAUGGAGGCAGCGAGAGAGGGAAAAGCAAGGAGGGAGGUGGAGAGGGAGAGGGGGUUGGGGAUAGGGAUGUGAAUGGAGGCAGAGAGAGAGGGGAAAGCAAGGAGGGAGGUGGAGAGGGAGAGGGGGUUGGGGAUAGGGAUGUGAAUGGAGGCAGAGAGAGAGGGGAAAGCAAGGAGGGAGGUGGAGAGAGAGAGGGGAGCAAGGAUAGGGAUAUGAAUGAAGGCAGAGAAGAAGUUGCUUGCAGUGACACAGAACAGGGGCCUGGAAUCGAAGGUGAUUGUAACGGGGUGUUACUGAAUGGUUGGGCUGCUGAUGAAACAGAUCAGGCUGUUGCUGCUGAGGGUGUGGGGGGCGGUGGUGGUGAAACAGCUGGGGCAGAAACGACGCAUGCAAAGGCAAAGGCAGAGGAGGCAGCAGAAGGUUUCGAAACCGAAGUGGCAGAAAGUGCAGUGGGGCGAGCAGCAGACGUUGCUGCGGACGAGGCAGCAGAUGGUGUGGCAGUCAUAGAAGCCAUUGUAUCACCGGGGAGAAAGGCAACAGAAGCAGCGCAGACAAUGGGGGCAGGCGCGGUUGUGGUAGCUGGUGCAGGAGGGGCAGACACGGGUGGAGAAGGCGCAGAAGAUGAAUCCAUAGCAGGAGCAGAAGAAACGGCAGCAGACAGUGAUGCAGGAGGGGAAGCAGGGGCACAAUCAGAUGCAGACACAGAGGGAGAAGCAGAGGCAGGUGACGAAGCGGAGACUGCGAGUGGUGCGCCCUGUUCCCCUUCCCCCUCUCGGCAACGAGCGGCCACUGGAAGCUUCCGUGACUUCCUGGACUCCCCACCUGCACAUGGGACAGCAGGGGCGGGCGGGUUAGGAGGGCCAGCAGGGCCAGCAGGGCCAGCAGGGGCAGCAGAGUCUCAGCACGGGGGGCAUGGCCCUGUCGUGGAGUCUCCAGAGAGGCAGGGCUCACUGGACUUUGCGGCUGCGAGUGUGGGAGGAAGGGAUGCUAGUGGAGGAAAAGCGGAAGGGGAGAGCAUCAGUGGAGUGGAAGAAAAGCAGGGGACUGAGGGAGGAGAAAGCGGUGGGUUCGGGCCUGCUUCUGUCUUCUCUCCUGCUUCUGCCUUCUCUCCUGCUUCUGCCCGCUCUCCUGCUUCUGGCUGUUCCCCUGCUCCCGCUCGCUCGCCCGCGUUUCCUCGUUCUGAGACUGUCCCAGCGCCCUCCUCCCUCGACUCCCCUGCAGACGAGGAGGAAAGGACGCCCAGAGGCCGGAACCACACAGAGCACUCCUCUGCUGCAGGCGACUUGCACGGCACGCACGUGCCGCUGCCUCCCGCCUUCUGGGAUGAGAGGGGCGUGAACGUCUCAGGCCUGCACCAGGGGCUCAAAUCCCGCGCCCCUGCCUUAGAUCCCGCUACUCAGGACUCUGGCGGCGCUGGCCCUCCUCCUGCCUUCACUGCUACUGGCGCUAACAAUACCGGUGGUGGACCUGCUGGUGAUGCGGCUGGGUCGGAGGAUGUGGCGAGGGCUCCUAACAGCAGCAGCACGUCCGAAGGAGAAGAGGCUUUCAGCCCUGAUCAACCCCCAGGCUGCAUGGCCCUCCAAGACUCUACAGCAGUCAAACCUCAGCAAUGGGAGAUAAGUGCUGAAGGGGAGCAGGGGAAUCCUCAGGAGAAAGCCCAGCAGGCGGCCAGUCCGAAGCUGUUUCGGCAGGCGUCGGAGCAGGGAGGGGAGAGGAGAAGCAGCUGGAGGCGAAGUCUAGGGGGGCUAGGAGGUCUGGGAGGGAGUUUGGGAGGAUUGAGUGGGGGGCUUGGGGUGAUGGCAGAUAUGGCUGCCGCCUUCCCUCGCCAGGGCUCCGUGAACAGUGCGCUCAGUGCCAGACGCAGCCAACAAAUGCCGCCCGGGCCAGGCUCCGGUCGUCCCUGGGUAGGAAGCCGAGAGGGGAUGGCGAAGGGGAAGCAGGGGAAGGAGCAGGGGAGCGAGAUGAUGCAGGAGGGACAGGAGGGAGGGGAAAGGCAGGAGCAAGAGAAGGAAGCAGGCCCACGGCACCAGAACCUCUGCAACCCCUCCUCUUCCAUUGUGAAGCCAACCCCUGCAACGCCCUCCUCCCUGCAGCGCCCACCUGCUGUGACCCCUCUGGACACUGCCUCACUGCUGUCUGACUCUGACUCCAUCUCCCCCCUCGCCUCCCCGUUCGCCCCUGCUGGCGAUGUGGGCGAGGCGAAAGAAGUGGCGAGAUCAGUGAACGGAGAGGAACCAGGAGAGGAACCAGGAGAGGAACCAGGAGAGGAACCAGGAGAGGAACCAGGAGAGGAGCCAGGAGAGGAGCCAGGAGAGGAGCCAGGAGAGGAGCCAGGAGAGGAGCCAGGAGAGGAGCCAGGAGAGGAGCCAGGAGAGGAGCCAGGAGAGGAGCCAGGAGAGGAGCCAGGAGAGGAGCCAGGAGAGGAGCCAGGAGAGGAGCCAGGAGAGGAGCCAGGAGAGGAGCCAGGAGAGGAGCCAGGGUUCAGACUCUGA